AGCUAAGAAUCAACCAAGAAAUUUGUGUUCCUACAUCAUUACAAUAACAAGUUGCUGGAGAAGUCAGAUCUUCAUUCAGUGUUGGCCCAGAAGCUACAACCUGAAAAGCAUGACACACCAAACAGGCAUGAGAUAAGUAAUGAUAAGAACCAGUUACAUUUUGUCUGGUGGUUUAGCCCCGGACACGAUGGUACAUGGAGUGACCAUAUUCGACAAGAGAUGUCCCAGCUGCGGAUUAAGCACCAGGAAGAACUGACUGAACUACACAAGAAACGUGGGGAGUUAGCUCAGUUGGUGAUCGACUUGAAUAACCAAAUGCAGCAGAAGGACAGGGAGAUACAGAUGAAUGAAGCAAAAAUUGCUGAGUGUUUGCAGACUAUCUCUGAUCUGGAAACGGAAUGCCUGGACCUGCGCAGCAAGCUGCAGGACCUUGAGAUAGCCAACCAGACCCUGAAGGACGAAUAUGACGCCCUGCAGAUCACUUUUACUGCCUUGGAGGAGAAGCUGCGGAAAACUACAGAAGAGAACCAGGAGCUGGUCACUAGGUGGAUGGCUGAGAAGGCCCAAGAAGCCAAUCGCCUCAAUGCAGAGAAUGAGAAAGACUCCAGGAGGCGUCAAGCCCGGCUGCAGAAAGAGCUUGCAGAAGCGGCAAAGGAGCCUCUGCCAGUUGAACAGGAUGAUGACAUUGAAGUUAUAGUAGAUGAAACCUCAGACCACCCAGAGGAGACUUCUCCUGUGCGAACUGUCACCAGAACAGCCACUAAGCGACUCUCGCAGCCUGCUGGAGGCCUUCUGGAUUCUAUCACUAAUAUCUUUGGGAGACGUUCUGUCUCUUCCUUCCCGGUCCCCCAGGACAAUAUGGAUGCUCAUCCUGCCUCUGGUAAAGACGCGAGGGUACCAACCACUGCUGUGUGUGUCUUUGAGGCACACGAUGGAGAAGUCAAUGCUGUGCAGUUCAGUCCAGGUUCCCGGUUGCUGGCGACAGGAGGCAUGGAUCGGAGGGUUAAGCUCUGGGAAGCAUUUGGAGAUAAGUGUGAGUUCAAAGGUUCACUAUCAGGCAGUAAUGCUGGAAUUACAAGCAUUGAAUUUGAUAGUGCUGGAGCUUAUCUCUUAGCUGCCUCAAAUGAUUUUGCAAGCCGAAUCUGGACUGUGGAUGAUUAUCGAUUACGGCACACACUCACCGGACACAGUGGGAAAGUGCUUUCUGCUAAGUUCCUGCUGGACAAUGCACGGAUUGUCUCGGGAAGUCAUGACCGGACCCUCAAACUCUGGGAUCUACGCAGCAAAGUCUGCAUCAAGACGGUGUUUGCAGGGUCCAGUUGCAACGAUAUUGUCUGCACAGAACAAUGUGUAAUGAGCGGACAUUUUGAUAAGAAAAUUCGUUUCUGGGACAUCCGAUCAGAAAGUGUGGUCCGGGAGAUGGAACUGUUGGGGAAAAUCACUGCCUUGGAUUUAAACCCAGAGAGGACAGAGCUCCUGAGCUGCUCCCGGGAUGACCUGCUAAAAAUCAUUGAUCUCCGGACAAAUGCUGUGAAACAGACAUUCAGUGCCCCUGGAUUCAAGUGCGGCUCUGACUGGACCCGAGUUGUCUUCAGUCCUGAUGGCGGUUAUGUGGCAGCAGGCUCGGCUGAAGGCUCGCUCUAUGUCUGGAAUGUGCUCACAGGGAAGGUGGAGAAGGUGCUUUCUAAACAACACAGCUCCUCCAUCAACGCAGUGGCCUGGGCCCCCUCCGGCUUGCACGUCAUCAGUGUGGAUAAAGGCAGCAAAGCUGUGCUGUGGGCACAACCCUGAGGGCACCGAGGAGCUGCCUGUGGGCUCCCUCCGCCCCUCCUGGUGAGCAGCAUGGCCUCCUCGCGAAGAGCUCCAGCUUCGUGGCAUGGGAGCCUUAUUUUGAAUAGCAGUCCUGAGAACUUUUUGAGGUCUCUAAUGGCCAAAGAAUCAACACCUAACUCUGCCUCACUGGGCAGAGGUUCAGGUUCUUCGAUUCAAUUUGAUCCGUGUGGAAACACUACUAGCUUUGAUCUUCCAUACCUCAUUGGGGAGCACAGGACCCCCUGCUGGAUCCCCCCACUGCCAGUCACACCCCCACCACAGUAGGGUGUUGGUUCCCCUGUGCUGCUCCCAUCCUUCCAAAGGGGGGUCUGGACUAUUGCACAACACAGCCCCUUGCUUGGGAUCCUCUGCCAGUGGACUUGCUGUAAGCAUUUGUUUAGUGGAGAUGCCAAAUACAAGCCUGUUGUGAUGCUGGAGGCGCUGACGUUGCAGGACUGCCUGCGAUCCAAUCCUGUCUUACUACUGCUGAAGCUUGUCUAAGAGUUUCUGGGUCUUCUUCCAGCACUUCCGUAUAUCUGUUUCUUGGGCUAGAAAUUGAUCUGUUUGGUUUAAAUUUUUCUGAGAAGACAGUUGCCAACCUUUCCCAGUUGAGUUAUAUAAUAUGGCUUGUACCACUGUACACUUGUGCUUCAACAGGAUUGGAGAUGGGCUGGCAGUGGGGAUUCUGGCCACUGCUCUCUACCAGGUCCGUGUUCAGUGACCCCAUGUUUGAUGCAAGAAAUGAGAUGAAGCCUGGAGGAAAAAGUUAAUCUUUUUACCUGUCUGAAAAACUAUGAUGUUUCAAAUUUUAAUUUGCACUUUAUUUUUUUCUGCCACACUUGGCCUCUGGACAGACAGGGGCCUGAGGCCUUCAGUGGGAUGAGAGGUGAGGUUGAAGCAGCCUUUCCUCUGCCUGGGGCUUUGUCUCCAUCCUUCUUCUCUGCAUGCUCCUCACUUUCUCGUUUGCUGUCCAGAUAACUUGUGUGCAAGGAGGAUUGGAACUCAAAGGCCAUGGCACAUCUUUUAUUUAUUUAAUUAUGUGGCCCAACAGAACUUGAUUAUAAAUUAAAAAAAUCUUGUUAU